UCCCGUGACCGCUCCGAUCGAUUAUCAUUCGUCCGCGACUACCACGGCCGCAGUUCCAGGAAGACGACAAAGGCUCGAGAGCGAGCGUGGCGAAGCGCAAUCAGCGACUGCCGAUGCUACGAAAGUGAAAGCGACCUCAUCGCUCCUGUGACACGUUAUCAACACCUGCGAAGAUGGGCUCGCUGUUUCGCAGCGAGGAGAUGACCCUGUGUCAGCUGUUCCUCCAAAGUGAAGCCGCCUAUGCCUGCGUCUCCGAGCUCGGAGAGCUGGGUCUGGUGCAGUUCCGUGACCUGAAUCCCGAUGUCAAUGCGUUCCAACGGAAAUUUGUCAAUGAGGUGCGUCGCUGUGACGAGAUGGAGCGCAAGCUGCGCUACCUGGAGAAGGAGAUCAAGAAGGACGGCAUCCCGAUGCUCGACACCGGCGAGAACCCGGAGGCUCCGCAGCCCCGAGAAAUGAUCGACCUGGAGGCUACUUUCGAGAAGCUGGAGAACGAGCUGCGAGAAGUGAAUCAGAACGCUGAGGCACUCAAACGCAAUUUUCUAGAGCUGACCGAGCUCAAGCAUAUCUUGAGGAAGACUCAGGUCUUCUUCGAUGAGGCUGAGCAUGGAGGUGUCGUGUCGCAGAUGGCAGAUCCCAGCCGUGAGGAGGAACAAGUCACUCUGUUGGGUGAGGAGGGCCUCCGCGCCGGCGGCCAGGCUCUCAAACUCGGCUUCGUCGCGGGAGUCAUCCUGAGGGAACGCAUCCCUGCGUUCGAGCGCAUGUUAUGGCGUGCGUGUCGUGGGAAUGUCUUCCUACGCCAAGCGGAAAUUGAGACUCCUCUGGAGGAUCCUUCGACGGGGGACCAGGUGUUCAAGUCGGUCUUCAUCAUUUUCUUCCAAGGCGAUCAGUUGAAGACUCGCGUGAAAAAGAUCUGCGAGGGUUUCAGGGCGACCUUGUAUCCUUGUCCAGAAGCGCCAGCUGAUCGUAGGGAAAUGGCAAUGGGCGUCAUGACGCGCAUCGAAGAUUUGAACACUGUCUUAGGACAGACGCAGGACCAUCGUCACCGCGUCCUCGUGGCUGCCGCAAAGAACAUCAAGAACUGGUUCGUUAAAGUUCGCAAGAUCAAGGCAAUCUAUCAUACUCUGAAUCUUUUCAAUUUGGACGUCACUCAAAAGUGUCUGAUCGCCGAAUGCUGGGUGCCUGUGUUGGACAUCGAAACUAUUCAGCUGGCGUUAAGGCGCGGGACGGAGCGCAGCGGAAGUUCCGUACCGCCUAUUCUGAACCGCAUGGAAACCUUCGAGGAUCCACCGACGUACAAUCGUACGAACAAGUUCACGAAGGGCUUCCAGGCAUUGAUCGACGCCUAUGGAGUCGCCUCUUACCGCGAAAUGAAUCCCGCGCCCUACACCAUCAUCACAUUCCCGUUUCUGUUUGCGAUAAUGUUCGGUGACAGCGGCCACGGCCUGAUCAUGUUUCUCUUCGGUGGUUGGAUGGUGCUGAAGGAGAAGCCGCUGGCAGCUAAGAAGAGCGACAACGAGAUCUGGAACAUCUUCUUUGGUGGUCGUUACAUCGUCUUUCUCAUGGGUCUGUUCUCCAUGUAUACUGGUCUCAUUUACAAUGACGUGUUCUCCAAGUCGCUCAACAUCUUCGGCACCAACUGGGUGGUAAAUUACAACCAAAGCACCGUUAUGAACAACAAGGAGCUGCAGCUGAAUCCGAAUUCCACGGAUUACGUGGAUUAUCCGUAUCCGUUCGGCAUGGACCCGAUAUGGCAGCUGGCCGAGAACAAGAUCAUUUUCCAAAACUCCUACAAGAUGAAGAUCUCCAUUAUCUUCGGCGUAACGCACAUGCUGUUCGGCGUGGUAGUGGGACUCUGGAAUCACAUGUACUUCAAGAGACGCAUCAACAUCACUUGCGAGUUCGUGCCGCAGAUGAUCUUCCUUAUGUCGCUGUUCCUCUACAUGGUGAUCCUGAUGUUCGUCAAGUGGGUCAAAUACGGGCCGAAAAAUGAGUUUGUUGACGGGCCUGGCUGCGCGCCCUCGGUCCUCAUUACCUUCAUCAACAUGGUGCUGUUCAAGCCCGCCGCGAAGGUGCCGAAUUGCGAGAGUUACAUGUACGGCGGCCAGGCCGGUCUGCAGAAGUUCCUCGUGGUUGUCGCGGUGCUCUGCGUACCGUGGAUGCUGCUGGCGAAGCCGAUUAUGAUGAUGCGCAACCGCAGGAAGCAGCACUAUCAGCUGAACAAUCACGGCGCCGAGAACGGCGACGUCGAGGCUAGCAUGGGAACGCUACAGCAGAGUGGCGCCGUCACUCAGAGUGCCAGCGGUCACAAGGAAGAAGAGGAGGACAUGACGGAGGUGUUCAUUCAUCAGGGCAUUCACACGAUCGAGUACGUCCUCGGCAGUGUGUCGCACACCGCGUCCUAUCUGCGUCUCUGGGCCUUAUCUCUGGCUCAUGCUCAAUUGUCCGAAGUACUGUGGAACAUGGUGAUGAGGAUCGGCUUGGCGAGGGAGGGCUGGGACGGCGGCAUCGUCCUCUACGUCAUUUUUGCCUUCUGGGCGGUACUCACUGUGGGCAUCCUCGUACUCAUGGAGGGCCUGUCGGCAUUCCUGCACACUCUACGUCUGCAUUGGGUGGAGUUCCAGAGCAAGUUCUACGCUGGUUUAGGUUACAGCUUCCAGCCGUUCUCCUUCGAGAUCAUCUUGGACGCCGCGCAGGCCACUACCGAGGAUUAAAAUAUUUAUUUGUCAAAACUAAGCAGCUUUCAUUGAUUGUUAUUUAAUAGUACGAACAUGCGAGCUCGAUCGCUGCUUCUUUAACCAACUCAAUAGCUGGACAAGUUAGCUGUGAAUAAUUAAUGAACAAGGCAUCUCUUGUGAAUAGGGAUUAUCAGGUAGAGUAUCGAUUAAAUUAUUACACAUGAAGAAAAUGCAAAAUUUAUGACAAAAAUAUACAUUAAUGUAUGAAGAAAAAAAAACUACACGAAACUACAAGAUUCAAGUAGCACAAGAUCAUGACAAGAAAAUGUUUUCCUACGAACAUUGUGAGUUCCUUCCUCGUCUUUUUUAAAAGCACAAGUAUAAUCGCAAUAUCUGUUAAAUAAAAUAUCAAUCUGUACUUUCUCAUUUUGCCUUUUAGAUCGCCGUGUGAUAUUCAGUCUAAUAUAUUAAAAGUCUUACAAUUUUGUGAAUUUUUUCGUGCGAACGAUGCGAGAUUUUCCCUACGCACUGUAGAGUCUUUAGAUCUGAAAACAAAUGUAUAUCGCGCGGAGCGCAACACCGAUCAGUCGAUGCUGUUCCGCAUAUCUGUAUGUAAUAAAGAAUAUGGCAUAUU